CAACUGUGAGCUGCUUCCAUGACAACCACCUUCAGCUGUUGACUGAUCUGCAAAUAGGUUGUAUAAGAUUUCCCUCUACCUCGUGGAGGACUCUGGAGUCGCCCAUCAGAUGUUCGGUGGUACUACCUGAACAACUUGGAUAUGAUGCCAAAAGAUCUCCAAACGAUUUUAUAGUUUGACCCAAUGUUUCUUCUGGAUAUAUAUUUCUCUACAAGAAUAAGUGCAAAGUCCAAAUCCUGCUUACUGGCAGAUAUUUUAUUUUAAGAUCAUGGACCAUCUUACUAGAGAGAAAGAUGAAAGGCGAACAGGAAAGGGAAAUCCAGGAAGAAGUUCCCAAGCAUCAAGUUCCACUUCAGCAUCUGGUGUUCUUAUGGUUGGGCCCAAUUUCAGAGUUGGCAAGAAGAUAGGCUGUGGAAAUUUCGGAGAGCUCAGGCUAGGCAAAAAUCUUUACACAAAUGAAUAUGUAGCAAUCAAACUGGAGCCAUUAAAAUCCCGUGCCCCACAGCUGCAUUUAGAGUAUAGGUUUUAUAAACACAUUGGCUGUACAGUUGAAGGCUUCCCCCAAGUGUAUUGCUAUGGGCCAUGCGGAAAGUAUAAUGCCAUGGUACUUGAACUCCUUGGUCCAAGUUUGGAGGACUUGUUUGACCUCUGUGAUAGAACAUUCACUCUGAAGACUGUCUUGAUGAUAGCAAUCCAGCUGAUCACACGAAUGGAAUUUGUGCAUUCAAAGAAUCUCAUUUAUAGAGAUGUCAAGCCAGAAAAUUUCCUUAUUGGCUGGCAAGGAAAUAAGAAAGAACACGUCAUUCACAUAAUAGACUUUGGAUUGGCCAAGGAGUACAUCGAUCCUGAAACGCAAAAGCAUAUACCUUACAGGGAACACAAAAGUCUAACUGGAACAGCAAGAUACAUGUCCAUCAACACACAUCUUGGCAAAGAGCAAAGUCGGCGAGAUGACUUGGAAGCCCUUGGACAUAUGUUCAUGUAUUUCCUUCGAGGCAGUUUGCCAUGGCAGGGCCUUAAGGCUGAUACACUAAAAGAGAGGUACCAGAAGAUUGGGGACACAAAGAGGAACACUCCAAUUGAUGUUCUCUGUGAGAACUUCCCAGAGGAGAUGGCCGCUUAUCUUCGUUAUGUCAGACGAUUAGACUUCUUUGAGAGACCAGACUAUGAUUACCUACGAACGAUCUUCACAGAGUUAUUUGAAAAGAGAGGAUUCACCUUUGAUUAUGCCUACGACUGGGUUGGCAGGCCAAUUCCCACUCCAGUGGGGCCUAUGCAUGUAGAAUCUGGACCAUCUGUAACGAGAGAAGCCCAUACGCAUAGGGAUCGAUCAUCGCUACAGCCUCACCGAAAUCAGACUGUGUCAGAGCGUCGAGGAGACUGGGACAUUCCAGCAACACGGCAGACCAAUGCUUUGUUUCUGACAUCUCACUUGGCUUCAGAACGGCAUGGGGGAUCAGUACAGGUGGUAAGCUCAACUAAUGGUGAACUGAACAAUGAUGAGCCAACAGGAGCACCGUCCAGUAUACAACUUACAGCCCGUACUGAGGUGGAAGUAGUGGAGGAAGCUAGCUGCCUGAAAAUGCUCAACAUGUGGUGCUGCUGCUUCUAUAAGAGGAAAAGGAAGAAGUCUUCCCAGCGCCAGAAAUGACAGGUGUCUCCUUGAGGUCUUUGGGGGAUUUUGUUUACCUGCUGUUCCUGCCACGUCUUAUUGAAUGGGGCUUCUGUUGGGGAGAGGACAAGGAACGAGGGACACUUUAAACCAAAAAGAGAGCAGGGGGGAAAUUCCCAAAUAAACAUUCAGGUGGAUUCCCUAAAUGGUCUCCCUUGCUCACUCCACGCCUGAGGCUCCUUUUGGAAUCGGGACCGCAUCCUCUCAGGCACGGGGUUGUCCUUGUCGGAAGGCUGGCUGGCUACCUUCCUUCUUCUCUGUACAACAGUUCGGCACAGGGGGCGUUCCUGGCGAAUGUGCUUUGUCCCAGCUCCCUUUCUCUGUUUCGUUCUCGAUGUGCUUCACCCCCCUCCUCACCACCAACAGAGAGGGGCUUCAUGGACGGUGGGGUCAAGGUGGUGGUGGUGAAGAGAGGAUGCUCUGGCGAGGGCCCAGAUCCUCUUUCUCCAAGUAACUGCGUUUCAGCUGCAUGGGCAGCUUAGACUUUGAUCCUUCUUCAUCGCACUCCCGGCGAAUUCCAUGGUAGUAAGCCAACAGCAAGAGAAUUGCAAUCUACUCUUCCAGUUGCCUUGAUUUACUGGUUUCUGCGACGUCUCCCUCCUCAGAAUGGUUACGGAGAAGUGUUGGUUGUUCUAAAGCAGCGGUUCUCAACCUGUGGGUCGCGACCCCUUUGGGGGUCGAACGACCCUUUCACAGGGGUCGCCUAAGACCAUCGGAAAACACAUAUUUCCGAUGGUCUUAGGAAGUGAGACAAGAAAGAGGU